CUUCUUGCCCCUGUUUAUAUGUGUUUUCAUUUGAUAAUUGUGAGAUGGAUCAGUUGCUGCUGAUGUUUCUAGGCUACAUUUAUUAAGAUUAUUUUCUUUGGAUUUAAUGUUAAGGCUGCUCAUAUGUUAAAAGGUACAGUUGAGUGUUUGGAAAAUGGGAAUCGACACUUUCAGUGUGUCUGUGUUACAACUGCCCUCGUCAUUUUUUACAAUUGCCUAUGACAAUCAAAUAAGUACACAUAACGCAGAAUGUACUCUGCAGAAACUACCUGGGUGUCACCGCUGCUCAAGGGCUCAGAUAGCUUGGCAGCACCAGUCAAUGACCACAAUAUGUACUUGAAUGCCAAACGAAGUAAAAUUUGCAUUAUGACAGAAGGACUAGUGUAUUAUACAGGUUAAAACAUAGUUAAAACAAGAGGCCUAUAUCAAACUAGGUAAGAAUUUAAUGUUUUUUCGAAAUUAAAUGCAGCCAAAAAAAAAAUGAACCGCAAACUAUGAACGAAAAUUAAAUGGUUACUUCUGUGCCUUUAUUUCUGAGUCUGAUAAGAUAUAUAUUCUUUGCUUCAAUAAAACCAAAAGUACACAGCGAUUCUUCACCUUUCCACAAAGACACACAACUUUUUCGCUUUAAAAAUGAAAGGUGGACACAGGUCUGGGCUUCAAACAGUAUUGUGCCCUCUCUUUCCAGUAGGUUCUUUGAACUCUCUGCUCGUCCGUGAAUGGCCGUUCAGUAAAGGUGCCCCCAUUGUUUAUGCCAAUCUUUGUCCCAAUGUACAUUGAAAGCCUUUAUUCACAUACACUGCAACGAAUGUUUCAGUUGGAGGUUGUGAAUAUGUGUGGUCAGCCCGUUCUCCCCUCAUCCAGGUCAAAAGACACGAUACGGUCCAGCAACGAGCUCCACUUGAAAAUACAGUUAUGCAGAUUGCUUUCCCUGAUAUAUUUCCAGUUUUGGAUAAGGAAAAGUCAGGUUCUCCAAAGGUAAGCUCUUUCAGGACAGGAAAACAGAGUUAAUAUCCAAGAAGAUUAUUAUUGUUCAACUUGUCUUUUUUGGGAGUAGAAUAUGUAUUACUUUAAAAAGCAAUUUGUAAAAACACAUGGUGUCUCAUUAUGGUGUCUUAUCAAUGUUGGUAAAUUGGUGCAACAUCUGAGCGCUUUUUUAAAUUUCUUUUAAGUUAAAAAAAGGCAUAUGAUUUGACAAAUAAUUAUCGAUUAUCUCUCAGUCAGUUUAUAAUUUUAUAGAAUUCAUAGUGGAAAGUCGACCCUCAAGAUUACAUGGCAUGCCAAAUUAUGACACUCUCAUAUUUAUUUUAUAUUUGUUGUUGAAUUCUAGAUAUUAUUUAAUGUAAAUUGUAUUCUAGCCCCAAAUAUGCAAUCUUGGUGAGAUUGAGUUACGCUUUACGGACUGAAUUUCUCCUUAGAAGUGCAAAUCGACCACUUCAGUUUCUUUAUGAUUCUGUUACAUUCUGCCUGACUGCUGUAAAUUGGGUUGUAACUACCAUGUUCUCCCCAGAAAUGGGAGACUGGUCCAUUCUUGGCCGCUUCCUAACGGAAGUCCAGAACCAUUCCACGGUCAUCGGCAAGAUAUGGCUGACUAUGCUGCUAAUCUUCCGCAUCUUGCUUGUGGCUCUGGUGGGGGAUGCUGUCUACAGCGACGAGCAGUCCAAGUUUACCUGCAACACCCUGCAGCCCGGCUGCAACAACGUCUGCUACGACACCUUCGCCCCCGUCUCACACCUGCGCUUUUGGGUCUUUCAAAUUGUGCUGGUCUCCACACCCUCUAUCUUCUACAUCGUCUACGUCUUGCAAAACAUUACCAAACAUGAAAAACUGGAGGACAGGAAGCUUCAAGUGCUGCCCGGGGCCUCACUUUCACUUGAACGGGACAAACACACUGUUAGAGAACAAGAGAGCACACUGGAGGCCCGCAGUCCUCGUGAAGGGGAAUGUGAUGGUAAGAGCCAACUGGAGGAGGAUGCGAGAGAGGUAGAAAAGGACCCGACCCAGCUCUCCAGCCAAGUGCUACUUAUCUACAUCAUCCACGUUUUUCUGCGCUCCAUCAUGGAGAUAAUCUUUCUCGUUGGACAGUACUGCCUCUUCGGAUUUGAGGUCCCAAACCUUUUCCGCUGUGAGACCUACCCAUGCCCAAACAGGACCGACUGCUUUGUGUCCCGAGCAACAGAGAAGACCAUCUUUCUCAACUUCAUGUUCAGCGUCAGUCUAGGCUGCUUUGUCUUGAACAUUGUGGAGCUGCAUUAUGUGGGCUGGAUUUACAUUUUCAGGGUGUUGUUCUCUGCAUGCUGUCCGUGCUGUGAAACAGGUAGAAACCCUGGGCAGCAGGGGGACUUGUACUCUGACAACAGGCAGGGUUGCCCUGCAGACCACCUUGUUGACCCGUGUUGAAGAAACAAGGGUCAACAAUGGAUCCUUUGUAUGGACAGAUGACACGUUUAAACAUCUAAAACCACAUACAAAGUUAAUUGUUUAUGUUGAUAAAAAUGGCAGUUAGCAAAAUGUACUGACUGUAAUAUGUACAAUGGGUUACCUGUACCCAUUGUACGCAUUGUACCCGUACCUGUACCCAAUGGUAGUAGUGAAUAGUAAAAGUUUGAUUUUCCUUGACUUGAUAAUACCAAUAAUGAUAAUAAUAAAAAGUACUUUUCCAAAAAAUGAAAGACA